AUGAAGGGUUCGUAACGCUCAGUCGCAUGCGCAGCGAGUCAAUCGCAUUCGUCCGGGCACGUUGGCGCUGACAAUGUUAUCACAGCUCUAAUUCUCGUCGGCGGUUUUGGAACCCGCCUGCGACCUCUCACCCUUACCCUCCCUAAGCCUCUCGUCGAAUUCGGCAACCGUCCCAUGAUCCUUCACCAGAUCGAGGCUCUGGCAGCGGCUGGCGUCACCGACAUCGUUCUCGCCGUUAACUAUCGCCCCGAGAUGAUGACCGAGGCGCUGAAGAAGUACGAGGAACAAUACAACGUCAAGAUCGAGUACUCGGUCGAGACCGAGCCUCUAGGAACGGCAGGGCCCUUGAAGUUGGCAGAGAAGAUCCUGGGCAAGGACGAUUCGCCGUUCUUCGUGCUGAACUCGGAUGUCAUCUGCGAAUACCCGUUCCAAGACCUGGUCAAGUUCCACAGCUCGCACGGCAACGAGGGCACGAUCAUCGUCACCAAGGUCGAGGAGCCCUCCAAGUACGGUGUCAUCGUGCACAAGCCAGACCACCCGUCGCGUAUCGAUCGUUUCGUGGAGAAGCCUGUUGAGUUCGUCGGAAACCGCAUCAAUGCCGGUCUUUACAUCCUUAACCCGUCAGUGCUGAAGCGCAUCGAGCUGCGACCGACUUCGAUCGAGCAGGAAACUUUCCCUGCCAUGGUCAAGGACGGCCAGCUGCACUCAUUCGAUCUAGAGGGGUUCUGGAUGGAUGUUGGACAGCCGAAGGACUUCCUCAGCGGCACUUGCCUCUACCUCUCUUCCCUGACCAAAAAGGGCAGCAAGCUCUUGACGUCGACUUCUGAGCCAUAUAUUCACGGCGGCAACGUCAUGAUUGACCCUUCAGCCAAGAUCGGGCAGAAUUGCAAGAUCGGACCCAACGUAACGAUUGGUCCCAACGUGGUUAUCGGUGACGGCGUCAGGCUGCAGCGAUGUGUGCUGCUCGCCGGCAGCAAGGUCAAGGAGCACGCAUGGAUCAAGAGCACAAUUGUCGGCUGGAACAGCACGGUCGGCAGAUGGGCUCGUCUCGAGAAUGUGUCAGUGCUGGGUGACGACGUGACCAUUGGCGAUGAGAUCUACUGCAACGGAGCAUCAGUCUUGCCGCACAAGAGUAUCAAGGCAAACGUCGACAGUAAGUCAAGAUCAAACCCGUGUCAGAAGGUGGCGCUAACAUUGGAGCAGCUCCGGCGAUUAUCAUGUAG